AUGCCCGGUGUUCCCUAUGCUACCUCAUCGAACUAUGCUCCAUCCUCUCCGCACUCGCCAGUAUCGACUUCGAGAAGUAUCAGUCCAAUUGAUGGGCUGCAUCUAGACACGAGCUUUCUCACGGACGGAUCGAUGAACGAUAUGGCGGGUGGGCAUAUGGCAAACAAUGGCAUACAGGGCCUACCUGUGGGCGAGGAUAACCCAUUGUCACUGGUAGUCCCUACUAUCUCUCAAGCGCAGGGUGGCAUGCACGCCAAUCAUCUCGGUUCUAUUCUGUCACAACUUGCGACUGCAGUUGAAACGAAACUGCCACAGCAAGAUGCAGCUUAUCUUUAUGAAAUGAAAGACCUGCUCAAUGCCAGCCACAACAGACUUAUCAGGAUGAUUCAGCACCAGAUUGAUAUCAUAGAGUAUCCAUCUCAUUCGCCCGGUUCGUCUGACUCGCCUGGCAGCCCGCACAAUGGAUACAACUACAUCUGCAAACUCUGCCCCAAUGGAAGGCGCAAAUAUUAUACGGAUCGAGGAAACUUCAGGCGUCACGUCUCAGACCAACAUCACUCUGAAUUUCGCUACCUGUGCCUAGCUUAUCCAAAUUGCUGCUGGAAAGUCGGUUCGACCAAUUCAAGCGCAAGCCAGAGUAGACGGGGCAGUGAUGAUCGUGGAGGAGGGCACAAUAACGGACCUGGCUUCGGUGGGAAUUUCUUCUCUGGAGGUGGUUUCGGUCAAUUUGGUCCACACCAGUUCUACCCUGGCAACAAUGGGGGUUUUUCUUCGACCGGUGGCGGUCAGAAUAAUGGCCAUUAUGGUAACAGUUUCUCUGGCUACAGGGGCGCUACAGACCGAGAUGACGAAGAGUCUACCUCAGGCUACUCCUCCGGUGAAGCUGAUGCUGUCUCAGAUAUAGCUCCAUCAUCGUCUUGCUGCUCCAGCGACGUACCACACACGGUGGAAGUUCCUGCCCCAUCUAAUAUCACAAGCCAGCAUUUGGCACUGAUGCAGAUGGCAGAGAGAGCUGAAAGCUGCGACUCGGUCUCCCACGGCGAGGAUUGCCCGCCAUCCACACCUGGUGAAACGGAUAUAAGCAACCCGGGCGACGAAGCUUAUGCUCAUAUAUCACGGCCUUCCGGUAACACGGAUCCAACAACCAAGCGGAGCUUCCGUCCUGUGACUGAAGAUUGCUCCGAGAAGCGGUGUCAAGGCUGUGGACACAUUUUCGACGAUUGCGACAAGUGCCGUCGUCUAAAGGGAACCUCCUUCCAGUGCCACUUGUGCACAGACAGUAGCUGCAAGCUCCAUGCUUUUGAGGGAGACCCCAAAGGAAGCGGAGAACCACAAAGCUGCAAGCAGGUAAUUGAUGAAGGUGAUAUAGGUGUUCUUGCGCGCCCACUCCGGGCUGAUCAUUGUUCCCUGUCGCCAACUGAGCACCCUCGGGAGUCUCCGUCUCUCGGUGAUUAUGAUCGGCAUACACAAACUGAAGAAGGUUAUCAUCUAGGAGCUCGAAAAUCAUCGGGUGGCCAUACCCUUGGCUUGGGAGCUUCCAAUGAUGGGGAAGUACAUUCUGGCAGCCCUGGUUCUCUUAGUCGGGAUUCGCCUUUUGGCUUUGAAGUGACUUGCUCCCCGAUAGGUCUGGACACUUCAUAUUGCCAAGCGCUACCUUCUCUGGACACCAAAGUACCACGAGAAAGAAUUAAAGCUGCCGAUGGAUAUGGAAGCGGUAAGCUAAUGAUGACCGAGGAGUUGAAACAAACACUCGAUAUAUUGUCUGUUGCGGAGUCGACAUAUCAGUCGUACGAAAUCCUCUCAUUCUGUGUCCUGAGUGCAGUGCAAGAGUUCUUCGACCAGAUGCUUGUCUCUUGGCUCGUCUGCGAGGCCGCCCUCCUAAAAUCAGUGUCAUUGUCGUACUGUAUCGGUGGAAAGGGCAUUUCCUGGGAACGAACCGAGUCCGCCAUUAGUCGGCGCUACCUACCCUAUCCAUGGGAAAGGAUGUGUUACCAAUCCACAGCUAGACGAAUUCCGCGGAGAAAGCAUUCACUGCUGCGAACGAAGCUACAAGUGAUCUCCGGGGUUCUCAUACUGCGUGCCACUGUUAUGAAGAGGAAGCCAUUGAUGAAUUUAUCCACAGACACUUCCGCGGAAGUUUCCGAGCCUAGCAAGGUAGGCACUGAGCUCCAGGUAAUUGAAUCAGGUAUCCAUGCGGCCCCAUCUAUCGAAGUGAUGUUCAGCCGAGGCACAGAGGUGGUAGCGGACGCAUUCUCCAGCUUGAUCACCGGCGUCAUGUCUGCAACAGAAGAAGAGAUGGAAUACUUCAAGCCCCUAUCCGCGCAUAUUUCGAACCUCUUCACAAGGGGAUCGUGGCUGGGAGAGGAGAGCCUGACUGAGUGA